AUGGUUAAGACUACUUACGCUCUCACGCUCUUCGUGGCCAUGAGCCUGGCCGCGCCGUUGCCGCCGGUUGGCAACGACGCUACCAGCGUUGGCCACAUGCGCCGCGAUGGAACCGGUAAUUUGAUCGGUGCUGGCACCGCGGAUGGUGCGAUCAACGAGAUGAUCAAAGGACUUGCUACUCCCAAGAGCGACCGCCCCAAUGGUGAAGAUAAGAAGAGCAGGAAGGCAUCGGAAAUCAAGGCGGCGGACCAGAAGAAGAAGAAGGAGGAGGAGGAGCGCAAGCCCGUGGUAGCCCACAGCCCUCUAGAGAGUCUUCCGCUUGUUGGUCCGCUUCUCCGGCCCGUUCCUCUGAAGCGAGGCAACGAGGCCCGCUCGUUCACUGGUGACCUGAGUAACCUCCCCCUGCUGGGAUCUAUCUUUGGCGGAAACCAGAACCACCCCGCAAACUCGCCGCACCAGACUGGCGGUGGCCAAAAAGUUGGCAUGCGCCGUAGUUACUCGGAGACUGGCUUCCCUCAGAACUAUGGUCAGAAUGCCGGGCAAAACGCAGGUCAGAAUGCCGGACAAAACGAAGGCCAGAACCACCUCCAGAACUACGGUCAGAACCACGGCCAGAAUGCAGGCCAGAAUGAAGGCCAGAACGAAGGCCAGAAUGAAGGCCAGAACGAAGGCCAGAACUACCUCCAGAACUACGGCCAGAACCACGGCCAAAAUGAAGGCCAAAACGAGGGCCAGAACAUGGAGAAGCGUGGCAAACCCGCCCACCAUACCGAUUCGCUCGGUGCUCUGUGGCUGAUCAACAAGCUGACCAGCGGUGGCUCCGAGCGAGUCAGCCACAAACGCGAAUAUAUGGAUUCGGAAGAUCAGGGCGAGCCCACCGGCCGCGACACCAGCGAUGGCGGUGCCAUUUCCGAUACCGUGACCGAUGCCCUCGACAGCAGUGUUGACCAGAGCUCUGAUGCCGCUGAUAUGACCAUGCCGGUCCGCCGUGACCUGAGCGGCUUGACUGCCACCCUGGCCAAGCUAGAGGGCGCUCCCCAGCCUGGUCAGUCUAAGGCCCAGCCCCACUCCGCCAAGGAAGACAAGAAGAACGACCCUCUCGCCCAGCUCGCUAGCGAGAGCGGCCUCGGCGGUCUCUUCGCCGGAAACACUCACCACGGCCUGGGCCUGUUCCCCAUGAAGGGUCGCCGUGACGUCCACGAGAACGAAGCCCGCGGUGGUUCCCCCAUCCAGGGCUCUGACCUGCCCUCCAUCCUCUUCAGCGGCGGUGUCCUCGGCAAGCUCAGCAAGGUUCUGACCCCCGGCGGAGGCCAGUAA